AUGAUCUUCUGUAAGGAGUUAUCCUGCUAAUAUGGGUGUCGGAUUGUGCACAUUGAUGGCAAUGGAGGGACCAAUUCUUUGUCGCCCUAUAAUGCAAGCAAGGCUUCCUGCUGCCCUUGUCAACAACUCAUUGAUCAAAUCUGGGCAGCUUGGCACUGCAUUCUUGGGUGCUGUGUCUAAAUACCGCAACAUUACUAGACUAGUUUCUCCAAUCUCUCAGUCAUCUUCAAAGAACUUUGGUCCUAUUUGUCGUAGCUUCAGCUCCUCAUCUGAUGGUAAUGGAUACAUGGCUGGAAACUUCAAUGAGAAUGAUGAAGAUUAUGUUAAUUCCACUGUGCUUGAAGCUGUUGAGGUCAGAAGUGGAUCAGAAGGAUAUAUAGUAAAGAUGCGAGAUGGGAAAAACCUGCGGUGUGUGCAUAAUAAUUCUCAAGGGAGAGAGAUUCCAGAGAGUGCACCACAACCUGCUAUCGUUUUGAGAAUUGAAGAUGGAAGUGGAACUUUACUUCCAAUCAUUGUUUUGGAGAUGCCAAGUGUACUUCUGAUGGCUGCUAUUCGCCAUGUUCAUAUUGCAAGACCUACCAUAUAUCAAGUUGUUAAGGAACUGAUCGAUAAGAUGGGCUAUGAGGUAAAACUUGUUCGGGUAAACAAAAGAAUUCAAGAAGCAUACUGUGCCGAGCUUUAUCUAACAAAGAUUGGAGAUCAAACAGAGAGUAUAACAUUUGAUCUUCGGCCUUCGGAUGCUAUCAAUAUUGCUGUUCGCUGCAAGGUUCCUAUACAAGUACAUAGGAGUCUUGCAUACAGCGACGGCAUAAGAUCAGUCGAGCCAGCAAAAUUGGUGGCUGCAGGUGGCCUUUCAGAUGGUUUAUUGUUUACUGAACUUGACAGACCUGAUGGAGAGCCCUGCGUUGAAGCUCAAGAGUUCAGUUUGGUGCGAAACAUGUUCAUUGCAGUUGUUGAAGAGAGAUACAAAGAUGCAGGUGGAUCUCCUUGAGCUCACAAGAAUUGAGUGCAUUACGAAAGCGAACAAUACGACUCCGGUCCAUAUUUGCUUUGUUUUUGUCGCGGGCGCGGUAGAUUUGGUUGAAAUCUCCAGUGAUCAGCCACCUAACUCCAUCGAGAGGCUUCUGGCUAAUCAUCUCCUGAAAAAAGGAGUCCUUCAGAUUGCUUCUUGUAUGGUUAGCCAUGAAUGACAACAACCUAUGUAUUCUCAGUUGGAAUGUUAGAGGCCUCAAUUGUCCUGCACGACGAGCGACUGUUCAUGAAACCAUUGCCUCGACCCCCUGCAACAUUGUUUGUCUGCAAGAAACCAAGCUGGCCAAUAUUGAUCAAUCCGCUGCAGCCUUCCUUGGAGGACAUCGUCUAAAAUCUUUUGCUGAGCGCCCGGCUGACGGCACCCGGGGAGGAAUCCUCCUCUGGAACGAGGAUGUGGUCAAGAUUGAGCAGGUCAAUUUGGGGACUUUCUUCCUUUCAGCCAUGGUGACCAUAGUCGAAUCCAGUAACUGUAAAACUAGCUCCAGUUUGUGCCGUACAAAUGAGCAAAGGAGACAAAUGUCACCUGAUUUGACAUGAACGUGUAGAUCGCAUCCAAGAAAUUGAUAUUGUAUACUGUUCUUAAAAUAUAAGUCCCUUUAGCUAAAAUGUACCGAGAAUUGUUAAA